AUGGAGGCUUCGCGGAAGCCGCGGGGGAGGCUGAGCCGUCGGAGGCCGCCCUCCGGGGACCGUCUCCCCAGGCCCCCCAGCGCCCGCCCCUGGUUUCUCCUGGGGGACGGCGAGAGCGAGCCGUGGGCCGCGCUGCUGCGCACCGUGAGUGCGGAUUUGACCCUGGACGGCGGGGCUCUGCCGCCUCUGCCCGUCUUUCCUGGCCAGGAAUCACAACCUGGCCCAGAGCGCGCCGCGCCCCCUGAGGUCUUCACCGUUGGAUCCAAGACCUUCUCCUGGACGCCCUUUCCGCCAGCCCCUCAGGGCGCAGGCAGCUUCUACCCCCUGCCCUGCGGGGCCGGAAGGCCUCUGGAGUCACCCACCCGGUCCCCAAAAGGAUCCCCAGCUCCCAAUUGCUCCAGGACCCCCAGUACCCAGAAGCAGCUGUCCGAGCAGGGGCCACCAGCGCUGCAGAGCUGCCCUAUGUGCCAGAAGAAGUUCGCCCCUGAGCUGUCCCAGCUGGACGUGGAUAGUCACCUUGCUCAGUGCUUGGCAGAAGGCACAGAAGAUGUGAUGUGGUGAGCCGUGUGUUGUCCAGAGCAGUGCUAUUGAAGUGAGCC